UUAGCGUACAACUUGAGUAUAAAAACCAGUGACAAACUUGAUUGCAUUGACGAUACUUAAUUAUUUUAACAAAAAGCGAUAGUGAUAAAUCGGCGAAGAAAUGAGUUCCAACACGGAAGAUGAGCUAUUUUUACGGACACAGAAAGAAAUUUUCCUGCGAAUACUUCCCGUAGCGACAGCGGCCGGGUUUCUAUUAAUAGUCGGUGUGAUUGGAAACAUUCUGACUUUGUUAUUCUACAUGAAGAAAACAAAACGUUCCGUACCGACUUUACUCAUUAAAUAUUUAGCGGCAGGGGAUACAGUCACGUGUGCAGUGGCUAUUCCAUUUAUACCCGAGAUGAUAAUAAAUAUAGGGUACACAUUGAGAAUUCUGUGUAAGGUAACACAUUUCAUGGGUAUGUGGGCCGGCGCAAUUUCUACCUUACUUUUGUGGAUAAUCGCAAUUGAUAGAUACAGGAAAAUAUGCAAGCCUCUUGGUGGUCAGAUUGCAGUAUCCAGCGCUAAGUAUAUUGGGAUCGGUAUAGUUAUAUUUUCACUCCUCUUAGCUACAAGGCUUUUAGCAACGUACGAAAUAUUUAAGGUUAACGUUACGUUAACUGACGUCAAUGAGACUAUACAGACGUAUUAUUGUUCAGCUAGCGAUGAUGGCAUUUUUAAACAGAUUGGACUUGUAUUUUAUCUCGUAGAUUUUUCUCUGAACACGAUGGUUCUCGUGACAGUUAUCGUGACAUACUCGAGAAUUAUUUACGAGCUGAACAAACGAAGAAAGUCAAUGAACAAGUGGGGAACAGUUAAUAUAAACAGCGUUAAGUCUAAUAGGACCAGUCACAGCUCCGAAGCAACAAAUGGUACUGAAACAGAAAGCCUGGGUAGUUCUACAGAUGGCGAAACAGUAGGCAAGAGAGCCGAAACAGCAGGCAACGGUGUCAAAACAAAUCAAACAGAAGUUUCUACAAUAUCAAGGAAAGUUUCUUCAAAGGAUACCACAAAAUCAAAAAACGAGGCGGCAACCAUAAAGGACCCGACAAAGAAUUUCGAAUUUUCUACGGCGAAGAAACCUUCUGAGUGGAAUCUAACGAUGAUGAUGCUAGCAGUGUCUGUUUUGUAUAUCCUCUGUUUCACGCCGUAUUUUACACUCCGGAUCAUCAUCAGGCUGGUGUUGAAGACAGACAAAGAAUAUGAUUUUGGUCCUGGAAUCCAGUUUGCUUUGAUGUUGCCAUUCUUCAAUAGCGUCUUUAAUCCGAUCAUUUACAGCAUUUUCAAUCCUAAAUUUAGAAGUUACAUCGCUACGGUCGUAUUGAACUGUCUAAAAUGUAAUCGUAAUAAAUAGUGUUUUUUUUAAAGAGUGAAACGUUUGUCGAUAGGUAGUGAAACCUUUGUUGAGUGUCAAAUAUGAAUGGAAUAAAAUUCAACUGGAAGGGCUAGGGAACUGAAAGUCAAUAUAUAAAAA